CCAUUUUCCCAACCUUCUCUUCGUUUUCUAGGGUUUUCAAAAGUUCUGACAGUAAAGAAAAAGCCGAAGAGCUUCCUCUCUUCAGCUCCUAAAUCCUAGAAAUUUCAUACCACCAUACCGUCGAACUCGAGCUCCUUCGGAUCGAUCUCGGCAUUUACUUCGAAUCGGCCUGUGUCUCCGAUCCCAUCCUCGUCGCAUUCACCACAGCCAUGUCGUUCGGCCUCGCCUUUUUCGUGUACAGACGGUUCUCUUCAGAUCGCGGGAAGCUGCAUUUGAAGAUUGUCGAAGCACCACAUAAGAUCUCAGCGGGGAAGGAGGAUCCGGAGGCCGUUGCGGAUCCUGGGAAGACGAAGGUUACAGUCUUCUUCGGGACUCGGCCUCGGGAGGCCGAGGGAUUUGCUAAGGGAAACGAAAGGAGUGUCUGGCUUCAACAGCUCACUUAUGGUGUUUUUGGACUGGGCAAUCAUCAAUAUGAGCAUUUCAAUAAGAUUUCAAAAGUGGUGGAUGAGGUACUUAAUGAACAGGGUGCGAAGCGUCUCAUUCCAGUGGGUUUUGUUGAUGAUGAUCAAUGUAUUGAAGAUGACUUUACUGAUUGGUGAGAGUUACUCUGGCUUGAAUUGGAUCAGAUACUCCGAGAUGAGGAUGAUGCUACAACAGUCUCUACUCCUUAUGCUGCUUGAGUUCCCGAAUAUUGGCUAGUGAUUCAUCAUCCCACAAUUUCAGCUUGGGAGGAUAAAUAUGCAAACGUGGCAAACGGUAAUGCUGUAUUUGAUAUUCACCAUCUGCGCAGAGCUAAUGUUGCCGUUCAAAGGGAGCUCCAUAAGCCUGAUUCUGACCGCUGUUGCAUACAUCUGGAGUUUGACAUAACGGGCACUGGCCUUAUGGAGGUGUAGAUUCAUCCUAGGCAGACGCUGUGGUGAAAAAUCUCCAGAUGGAGGGACGGAAUCUUAGAGAUGUCUGGUGAUCCUUUGUUCCAACAGCCAUCUUUUUUGUCAUGGCGACAUGCUCCGGCUUUCUCCCCAGAUAUGGUGGUUGGUGUUAUCUAUUGUGUUUGUUCAACUAAGGCUGUUGGGAAGCAUGCCUCGCAAAUUCUCCAUGGCAAUGCCAAUGACAUGAAACAGAUGCACGGCUUUACUGCAGAAGACUAACAAGGAUCCACAAAUGCUUGUGCUUGAGAUGCCAUGAUUUCUUUACACCAGACAAACAUUCUGAGCUUGCAAUGUGUGUAUUUCAAUGGUUCAAAAUCCAGAUGAGGAUGUCCAAACUAACCCAUAUUUGAAAUGGGAACUCCUUGGAUUUGCAUGGGUUAGUGGAGCUGAGGGGUGUGGAGCUUUUUACAUUCUGUGGUGACCAAUGGAGACAAAUGCAGCAUGGUUCCCCUUCAACCAGCAAAAGGCCAAAUAUUCUAUAGCAAGAUUUUCCAAUAUCGGGGAUGUUAGAUUCAGGUGUCAUCGACAUAGAGGCUCGUCGUAUUUUGAUCACUGGCCCUUGGUGGCUCACAUACCCACAAUGAAACACCCAACAGCUGACUGCAUACUUGUCUUGUGCCUUUUCGGUUUCUCUUUCCAUGGGCUGCUGGAAGUAGGCAUGAUGGAGCCUCCUAUUACGUGCCCUCUUCUAUGCAGUUGACAAAUAUAGCUGACAUUUUGGACUCGUGAUAUUUGAAAAAUAUAGAAAACAGUAUUAUACCAAGUGUUUCAGAAAUAUGAGCAGCUUUUGACAUAUCACGUUGUUUACUCAUGAAAUUAUUGUGAUUUUAACCCAGAUAAUAAUAAAGCUUGAACAAUUCAUUUUA